GUGUGUUGUGCUGCGGCGGCGGCAAGAUGGCGGCGCCCGGGGGUUCGGCGGGCGCCGCGGCGCUGAGGGCGCUGGUCCAGCAGUUCACCGCCAUCACCGGUGCCAGUGAAAGCGUGGGGAAGCAUAUGCUUGAAGCAUGCAACAACAACCUGGAGAUGGCUGUCACCAUGUUCCUGGAUGGAGGAGGGAUAGCAGAGGAGCCCAGCACCAGCUCCGCGGCAGUGUCUGCUGUCCGCCCGCACCCCGAGGAUGAAGUACGAGCUCCAAUUCCUCAAAAGCAGGAAAUCUUAGUAGAGCCUGAGCCCUUGUUUGGAGCUCCUAAAAGACGCAGACCUGCUCGCUCAAUAUUCGAUGGCUUUCGGGAUUUUCAGACAGAAACCAUCCGGCAGGAGCAGGAGCUCCGGAAUGGAGGGGCAGUGGACAAGAAGCUGACGACACUGGCAGACCUCUUCAGACCUCCCAUUGACCUGAUGCACAAAGGCAGCUUUGAAACGGCCAAGGAGUGUGGUCAGAUGCAGAACAAGUGGCUCAUGAUAAACAUUCAAAAUGUGCAAGAUUUUGCCUGCCAGUGCCUCAACCGUGACGUCUGGAGCAACGAGGCUGUGAAGAACAUCAUCCGGGACCACUUCAUUUUUUGGCAGGUGUACCAUGACAGCGAGGAAGGGCAGCGGUACAUACAGUUCUACAAAUUAGCAGACUUCCCUUAUGUCUCCAUCCUGGAUCCCAGGACAGGCCAGAAGCUUGUGGAGUGGCACCAGUUAGAUGUGACUUCUUUCUUGGACCAAGUGACCGGGUUCCUGAGCGAGCACGGCCAGCUGGAUGGCCACUCCAGCAGCCCUCCCCAGAAAUGCUCCCGCUCAGAGAGUCUCAUUGAUGCCAGUGAGGACAGCCAGCUGGAAGCUGCCAUCAGAGCCUCGCUGCAGGAGACACAUUUUGAUUCCUCACAGGCCAAGCAGGAGAGCCGGUCGGAUGAGGAGUCAGAGUCAGAGCUUUUUUCUGGAAGCGAAGAGUUUAUUUCUGUUUGUGGAUCCGAGGAGGAGGAGGAGUCGGAGAUUCCAGCCAAGCUGAGGAAGUCUCCACACAAGGACUUGGGGUAUAAAAAAGAGGAGAGUCGGAGGCCUCAGCCUGAGCCCUCUGCAAGGACUGAGCCUGGGACAACAUCAAACCACAGAGUCCUGCCCUGCAUCAAUGCGGGAGCGCUGGAGGAGUCACCUGACAAGUCUGAAAGUACGUUCCGGGGCCUGGACGUGAAUGGACCAAAGGCACAGCUGAUGCUGAGGUAUCCAGAUGGAAAGAGGGAACAAGUCUCACUGCCUGAACAAGCUAAACUUCUGGCUCUUGUGAAACACGUCCAGUCCAAAGGAUACCCCAAUGAACGUUUUGAACUGCUCACCAACUUCCCUCGGAGGAAACUCUCCCACCUGGACUAUGAGAUCACGUUACAGGAGGCAGGCCUGUGUCCUCAAGAGACUGUCUUUGUGCAGGAAAGGAAUUAGCACUGUGGCCUGAGUUCUCCCAGCCUUCCUCCCUCUCCUCUUUGCCUGGGACAAGAGUCGUUAAAUAUGCAGUUAAGGGUCGUGGGAUUGCAGUGCUGGAAUCAGGCAGCUGGCUGGCCCUUCCUUCUCCUUCCUCCUCUCUCUCCCUCCCUUCUCACACUCUAGUGACCAAAUGAGAGUGCUCAGAGUUUUAUUUUCUUCCUCAGCUGCAGAGAGCAUUGGGAAGAAUACCUUUCCUGUGCUUUCCUGGAAUAAAGUAAAACAGUUAUGUGUGUAUCCAGCAUGCUGGAGCUUGGAGUGGCCAUAAUACACAAACCUUUCUCGCUGCUAUUCUUAAAUCUGGUUUGUUUAAUUUAUUUUUGAAAAGAUUGUGUGAUAAGGCACAGAAGCAUCUCUGUAAGGACAGACAUAAUCUUCAGGACAGUCUUUGCUUUGUUUGGGUUCCCCUACAGAAAAGGUCUCCAUUAACCUUCCAGCCUUUUCUUAUGCAACACUCUGGUUUUGGAAAGGAGUUGGGUUGAGCUGUGGUAAAAUACUCUGGCCCACCUAAUUCAAAGGCUUCUAGUUGGCCUGCAUGUUUUCCUCCUGCUUUAAAUUGCCAGUGGACAUAGUAAAAAAACCAACCACCCCCCCAGAAAUCCAGCUGUGCUCCGUAUGGGAUUGACUGCUUGGCCCAGAGGGAAAGCUGUGAGUCCAAUGCUGGAGCAGACCCAGCUCCUUUGUGGGAGUGGGUGGGUUAUCCAUGUUCUCUUCCCAGCAUCCUCAAAGUGUCUCCUUACUUGCUCUCAGGAUUUUGCAAAUGACAAAGGUACUGUAAAGGCUUUGGAUUCUCUGAGAACACCUCCCACAGAGACUUGACUGUCAGUUGGCUUUUUUCCUUGUCACAGUUGGUGGUUAUGGGGGUUCUACAGCACUGACAACAUUAAGCAUCAAUUGAUGCUUCAUAAAACACUUCCCAGCCUGAUGGCUUGAAUUCCCUGGGAUGACUUUUAUUCUAUUUCCAUGCUGAUCUACUGUAACUUACCUCUAAAUUUGGAGGGCUGCAUGGAAAACUGCUCCUUGGUGCAGGCUUUCCUUUCAGCUGUGGAAGCUGGCACCACAAGUCAGUGCCCUGAUUUUCCUCCAGUGUCUUCUCUAGACAUGGAGCUGUUGGUCAGUUGGUGUUUCAGCAGAUGUUCCAGUGGGACAGGAAUUAACUGGCACAGCCCUCAGCACAGUGUGGUGGAUUUGUGAUUUGUGUAUUUACAACUAAAAACUCAGUUUAACACGGUUUUCAAUUGCUGAGGAGAAAGGCACAUGGGACCUGGCAUAACUGCUGACUUUUUCUGCCACUCUCAGAUGAUUGUCCUUGUUAAAGACUUUAGUAGUCAGAAAUUUGCAUAUUCCAAUUUUUCAAGAUAUUUUGCCUUUGAUUUCAUACUAGCAUCUGUAUUUUGGGACCUUUAAAUGCAAGAGAUGACAGAAAAUGUCUGGUGUCCCCCAUGAACCCAUGAAAACUUCAGCUCACAGCUGUCUCCUGCUCCUAAUUGAGGUUUGACGUGUAAUCAUGCAAUUGUAUAAAUUGAUUUCCCUUUCUGCUGCAGGAUGUAGUGUCAGGAAAGCAGAGUCUCAUCUCAGUUUUCUGAUCAGUGGUUGAUGUGACACCAGAUGUCAUCUUUGGUUUGUAAAGAGCCCCAGGUGUGGAGGCUGCUCCCAGCAUGGGGAAGUGAGGGAGGUCUUGUGUUUGGCCUGUGAACAGCAGUGGCACCUCUAGACUGAAGGAUCCUUUAGUUCCUGGAUAUCCAGAUCCUGACUUGCAUUUCCAUGUAGAACUAAAGCUUCAUGAAGCAGCUCCAGCUGUCUAGUUGGAAUAACAAGUCCCAGGUGUGGUUUAUUGGUGCCUUCCUUCCCCUGCCCCUCCAAGGCCUGCUCUUGUGUAUGGGGCUGGGCUGUGUAAGGAGACCCAGGAUUGUUCAGACAGGGGAAAGGAGAUAGGGAAGUUGAAGAUCUACACUGAAAAUGGCAUUUUCUUGUGGUUUCUAGGAGUUUGUUCUGUUCCAGGAAACUGAUCCUGGGUUGGGUUUUUCUGUUUCUGUGUCACAGUGUGUUUUUUUCCUAUUACCUUUCUUUUGCUUUGCUUUAAGAGCAAGGAACAGAAAAAAAUUUAAUGAAUAGGUAUCCCUGCAGUUGGCUCUUGUCUUUGUUCAUUCCCCCGUCUCUCCUUCCCAACCUAAACCCAGUGGCAUAGAUCAGCUGUGCUGUGGGGGCUGAAAUCUGAUGAGGAGCUGCACCAACCAGGAUACAACCUCUUCAGUUCUUCAUCCCUUUGGAGAAAUGUUCUGCUGGCCUGAGGAAUGUGGUUGAGAACAUAAAUCACAUCCUGCCUGGGACAGCUCGUGGCAGUGAAGGUGCUGGGUUGGGUAAUGUUUAAAGAGUCUUUAAAGAGUCACUUCUAGAUGUAAAAUCUGAAGCUCAAAUUGCUGGAAAAAAUGUGUUAAAUUUGAUUGGGAAAUACAGUGUUGAGCUGUGAAGGACAAAGGAAACCAGUCCUUCAAAAGCUGUGGUUUGUAGCUUCCUGUGGGUGUCAUUUGGUCAGGAUUUGCUUGUGGUGCUGCAAGAGCUGGUGGGGUUGGAGGAGAAGCAGUGCAUGUAGGCAGUGGAGGUUUUUCUGACUGGAGAGCUGGUCAGGGCUGCCAUGGUUGAAGCUGGAGCUCCUUGCUGCUGGUGGAGAUGUUCCCUUUGCCUGUCCUCUAUCUAACACAGCUUUGUUUUGGGAUGUAAUGUCCAGUGGUCCCAGUCUCAACCAGGAUCCUGAAACAGAAGGUGAAACAAGCUCUGGCUUUCCAUGCCAGGUGCAGCUGACACGUUUACUUCCCACUUCAGAGGCCCACAGAAGGAUUUUGGAUCUUUCUGAUGCUACAUGCUUUGAAGUCAAGCUAAUUGACCAGCCUCAACCUCACAGCAUUCUACAGGCAAGUAGAAGCUGGGCCAAACAUUUCUGGCCAUACUUGUGUGAUUUCCUUCAGCCUUUGAACUAAGGCUAUGAUUUCUGACGUUCAUGGACUGCAGUGAACUGGUAAAUCAGUUCAGUUAACACCACUGAUCUUAGAAGAGUGUCCAGGAUCUGCAGGUAGCCUUGUAAAAUACAGUUGUCUGUAAAAGGCAGCCAGAUGUACCAUUAUUCCUAAGUAGAUCUAAACAGAAAUUUUCCAUCAGCUCUUCCCAGAGCUCUCUGACCUUCUCCUCACUGUUAGGGGGAAGUGACACCUCUCCUUUGUCCAGAUUGUGUUUCACAGGGUCCACAUCCUUCAGAGCUGAUUUGUACACUCAGCUUGCCCUGGCACUGGUGCUGUGGUUUGUACCUUUGCAGAAAAUGGGUUUGGUUCAGGUUUUAGAAACUCAACCUCUCUGCUGAAAUUUCUCAAAUUCCUGUUCCUGUCAGAGCACUCAGCCUCUUCACUGGGACUUGAGCUACAAGGGCUAAAUUAGAACCAGUUUUCUUUUGGGGGUGGGGUGGCAUUUGUCAGGUAGCAAACACUGCAGAGAUGCUUGAAAUGUGAUGGAUUUUUGGUAAACUAUAUAAAAAUUCAAUGCUAACAUAGGGACCUGUGUAGGAAUGUCCGUCUGAGUGGCAAGAUCUGUGUCAUUUCAGGGCCUUAUUCAUUUUUAUUCCUUUUCAUUUGUAUUAAAUGUCACUGCUUCCUUCUGGUUUAAUCCCUGUUUAGUGAAGUUGAUAAAAGUCUGGUGUUCCAAGAGGAGGAGGGAUGGCAGAGAUGUGCUUUAGGUGGGUGAAGUGCACAGUCGCUGUCCUUAAGGACUGGCUGUGCAUUGUCUGGCUGUUCCCAUAGGCUCAGAUCCAGCCUCUGCUCUAUCUCACCUUUUCUAUUUAUUCAUUUUCACAAGUGAUUUUCUAUAAAGGGAGCAGCUCCUGUUUCAAAGACAACAAAAACUGAUGCUGAGCCCUGUGCUGGCUGUGUUGUUGAAGUACCCACAGGCCUUUGUGGAUUUGGAGCUGGGGAGGUUAAUGGAUGCCUUUUCUGUGAUAACUUUUAUUUCUGUCUCCUCUUGUUGGUGGGUUGCUUGGUGUCUGUGCACUCCCAACAAACAGAGCCAUAUGUAUUUACACACACAGGGGUUUAGUCAGAGACUGCUGCACCUGACAGCAGUGCCUCAACCUGCCUCGAGUUAUCCACUGUGUUCCAUGGGCACCUCGUGAGUGAGGACAGAAAUUGGGGAUUUGGUCACUGUCUGAUCGCUGGGAGUGUCUGCAGUGCAGAGAAAAGUCACUUUGUAACUGCUUAUGAAAUGGUGCCCAGAUUGAAGGUGUAGAACUGAAACUGUGGAGCAGGGGAUGAGGUACUAUUUUAUAGACCAGAUUUAUAUGAAGAACAUCUGGGUAAAACUCAGCUCAGAGACAGCAGGACUUUAGGACAGAUGACUUUUUAAGAAUGAGGCUGUUUCCUGGAACUGGAGAACAUCCAGUCAGGGACAGCUUUUCACAAUGGUCACUUUCUUCAAUAAUGGCAACUUCACAUGGGAGGAGGGAGAGGAUUAAUUUGGAAGUUUUCAGCUCACUGUGCUGGGAAGGACCAAACUCAAGGAAACCUCUGAUCUAUAUACACAACUGCUGCAUUUUUUAUAAAUAUAUGUAAAUGUCCUAUUGUAAUAUUUGAUCCUGGAAAUAAAACAAACUGUUUUCAGUA